AUGCCAGAUCGCGUCGUGAGAAGACGCAACGUCAAGACCCGCAAUCGCAAUGGCUGUUCGACGUGCCGAGCUCGGCGGUUAAAGUGUGAUGAGAAAAAGCCCGAGUGCAAUAAUUGCACUAGACUGAGUAUCCCGUGCGGCGGCUACGCGCCAAAGAUCAUAUUCAAAGACCAGACAAAGCUGUUCCACCAAGACUCGCUUAGACGGACAAGGUCUGGUCAGAGGUUGGGUGACUCCGAGUCAGUUGUUGACUUGGAACAACAAGAUGAAGUCGAAGAUAGCUUCCAGAUCCCUGAAGAACAAAGCCCACCUCAGGAAUUUCUCGCGUCGUUUGUUCCAGCAACGGAUCUACAGAACGAUGCCAUCCAGACUCAGAGCCCCAUAUAUCACGUCGGACAACCGAAUGACGCGCUUCACUCCUCACGUACCUUGUCAAGCCCAGAGAUAUCGUCAACAUGGGAUCCAAGAUUAAUCCGUGGUGCUGCUCUGGUCACCACAGCCAACACACCAGCAAGCGAUCAUCAUGAACCUGCGUCGUAUAUGGUGUCGCCAGUGAUUACACCCGGUACAUCAUCUCACACCCCGUUUGCGUACGCAACUCCCAGUUUUUCGUCUCCUCAAUUUCCCCAUCAGGAUGGCAUACCCGAAACGACCAGGGCAGACAAGUUCUUCGGCAUCAAAGUGUCCCCGAUGAUACCCCACGGUCUAUUCGAAAGUAUGAAGUUUCCAGAGGACAUGCUAUAUUACCAUCAUCUACGCGACACUGGACCUUAUGGAGUCCUCUCAGUCCUGUACCUGAACGACAUCCUUGACGCUGAAUACUUAAACGGAUCAUUUUACCACGCCGCACUCGCACUUUCUGCUCUCAAAAUAUCAAAGUCUGACGCUCAUACUCACCUUCGCAACCAAGCAUCGAUACAUGCACUGGAACAUUUUGUUGUAGCGCUUGGAGACAUUGGCAAGAUUGAGGUAGAAGACAUCAACACCCCGAGUAAUGCAGAAAAUCCAAGGAAACGAGAAAAUGCUGUUUCUUGGUUGAGUACUGUCUUGUUACUAGCCCACUUUGAGUUGAAGCGUGGACAGAUGAGAUUAUGGUGUGUUCAUGGUCGCGCAGCUGUUGACUUUCUCUCCACGCACUUAAGUCUCGUGCGAGCUACAGAUAUUGGCGAAUGCCUCGUUCGCGCGUUUUCGCGAAUAGCGGCUCUGCUAGUUAUCUAUGAGCGCACACAUUCCAUCCAGAAACAGGCAAUUUCCCCAGAAGUGUCCAGCUCUCUGAUUGAACUACUUGCUUCGUCGAAUUUACCCUAUGAUAGACUUCUUUAUAUAGGUCCGAGGGUGAAUGCUCUGGAGGAGGAGUGGAGAGCCAAUCUAAGACCUGACGCGACGUGGAAUGAGCGUGUUGAUAAACUCAGAAUUGAGCUUGAAGAAUGGCGACAAAGUUUACCGCCAGAAGAAAUCCCAGCGUUUGGCGAUGAGGACGAGUUGGAAGGACAGCCUGUUGACAUAAAACCGCUAACAAUAUUGACAUCCUACGAACCCGUCAGAGCAGCGACAAACUACGCACACUACCUUGUUCAAAUGCUACGAGUAGACAUGAUGUAUUCAUCCAAAGCAUAUCACAAUAUCACUCCUGUCGAAUCAGCGUCUACCAUUCGCAAAAUUUGUCGGCUCACCUUGGGUCUCCCAUAUACUCUGUGCGUCAGCGUCAACAAUUAUGGCCACGGUAUGCUUCCGGCCAUGUUGGAUGCUUAUCACAUGGCGGACGGUAGCAUGAGGGAUUGGAUCAAGAAAUGGGUAUCCUCGCGACCUGAUACGCGAGAGGGAAUAUGGGAUAUUGGGCGUGUGCAAAAGUUAAUUGCCUAUUUAGACAGAGAGUACACGGGACAGGGGUCUAGAGCGGACUGGACAGUUAUUAAGACGAGAAUGAUUGAUGAAGAAGAUGGUGGUCAGGAAGAGAGAGAUGACGCGAUGGAUGACACGACGAAUUUCUGCGUUGAGAUUUACUCAAAGGGGAAGAGAGGUUGGAGCAUGGACUUUGUUGAAAUUGAGUGA